GCGAAUGGGAGUGUUGUACGCUGCAGAAGCAGGUGAAUCGUACGUACCACAAGAUCAGUCAUUCGUUGCUCAGGACAAGCAUGCAGUUGAUUUGAUCAUCACAACACACAAACGACAAAUGCCAGCCCACCUCCACGUACAUUUAUCUGUACCACUCCAUCUCAUUUAGAGUCUGGCUACUUCUAUACAAAAUUUGUACUCGUUUUAUGUAUAUAUGUUUAGUUGUUUGUUUAGACAGCCAUCUUCUGAAUCGCCCAAACACAAAGACAUGGAAAAAGGGAUGAGAAAAGGCACAAUAAGUGUUGCUAGAGGGAUCCAAUGAGAGGAUAAAUGGUGAGAAUAUGUGAAGCAGAUGUAGCUCGUUGGAAAAAAGGGGCACCUGGAGGAAAAGUUGCAAAUUUAAAUCUUCUAAGAUUGGGAGGGGUAGAAAGUUGUUAGAUAUACAUUCUAGAAUAGACUUGAAUACUUAAUUGUAAUAAACUGAGUUUGUUAGAGUCGGUUAAGAGUCUGUUAGUAUCCUGACCUAACUAAUUCUAUAUAUACAUUGUAAUGCUGCUCAGAUUGAUCAAGUAAUAGUAAUAAGCUUCGUCUCUCUCUAUUUCUCUCUGUACGACUUCUAUUAUGGUAUCAGAGUUGUAGCUCGAAUCCAUGGCGAUCUCAGAUGAUUCUUCCAACUCUACUACCAAUUCUGGCAACUCGAAUUCUCCUGUAACCUUCGGACAUCCACUCCCGAUCAAACUCGAUGCUAAUAGUUUUCUCUUCUGGAAGCAUCAUGUGGAAUCUGUUGUUCGAGCGCAUAAACUCCUUCGAUUCAUCGUAAAACCUCAAAUUCCGAAGGAAUUCAACUCUGCUGAUCCCGAAGCAAGUGGAAAUGUCAAUGUGGAGUAUAUUGUCUGGGAGCAUCAGGACCAAAUGUUGUUCUCUUGGUUGUUUGCGUCACUUUAAGAAUCAUUUCAUGCUCGAGUGAUUCACUGUAGAUACUCGCAUCAGUUGUGGAGUGAGAUCAACAGUUAUUUCAAGUCGCAAAUCUUUGCCAAAGCCAGACAACUCAAAUCUGAGUUGUAUAACACUGCGAAAGGAGAUCGAUCUGUUUCUGAGUAUCUUCUUCGUAUCCAGACUAUUGCCGAUAAUUUGCUAUCAAUCGGACAACCUAUUUUAGCAAAAGAGCACAUCAAUGUCAUCCUCGAAGGCCUACCGGAAGAAUAUGAAUCUCUGGCCUCCUCAAUUUCUUCGCAAAGUCCUUCGGAUCCUGCUACUUUAUUUAAAGUUGAAUCUCUUUUGGCUGCUAAGGAAAUGAGACUACAGAAUCUUCGUGAAUCCUCACAAUCAAAUCUGUUUUCUGCAAAUGUUGCUUGUGUUGAGCCUUCACUCUCCAAUCAUACUCUAGCACCUGAAAGUUCUUCAGAAAUUUUUUCGGACCAAGUUUCACAGUUCAAUGUUCCUCCUACCAUUGAUUCCUACAGUGGCAGAGGUCGUGGAGGACCUGGAAGAGGUUGUGGUGGCAGAUAUGGUGGUCGAAGCUCAAUCAUAUUCCAAGUCUGUGGCAAAUCUGGUCACCAUGCUCUAAUUUGUUAUCUCAAGUUCAAUCCUUCCUACAACAUCACUUCAAACACCCCAUAUAAUCCCUAUCCAAACUCCCAGUCCUCUCUCAAUCCAAUUCCUUCACCAGGCUCUUAUGAACCAAGAUUUCCUUCACCUCAAAUCAACACUCCAACCCCCACCUCACCAUUCCAAAACUGGGACCCACAACCAUAUGAUUCAUCACAUGUACAACCCUAUAAUCCCUCACCUCAACAGCCUUAUACUGCAACUCAUCCACAACAAUACACUCCUACUCCUACUGCAACUUGGGCCUGUGCAACUCCUUCUAUCUUGGGACUUGCUCCACAGCAUUAAACAUGGUAUCCUGACUCUGGAGCCACUCAUCAUGUAACUCCAGGUCCCUUAAACCUACAACACAGUGAGCCUCUUGUUACAGCUGAUAAGCUCUUUAUGGGCAAAGGUCAAGGUUUGGAUAUAAAGUCCAUUGGUUUUACUACUUUUCCCUCACCCUAUCAAUCCUCUUUAUCUCUCUCUCUCUCUCUCAAUAAUAUUUUGCAUGUUCCCU